AUGGUCAAGUUGUUCGGCCGUCAGCGCGCCCCCAAGUCUGCUGCAAAAGAGGGCAAGAAACGGACACUUGUCGAAUCCGAAACAGCCCAAGACUCUAGCGAUGAUGAGCUUAUUACAGAGGGCCUCAUAGAUGAUGGAUCUGAUGAUUCUGAUGAGCACGAUGACGCUGAAAAUGAAAGCGGAAUUGAAGAUGACAGUGCUGGCGAAACCACCCAAUAUCAAUCAGCAGAGGAAGGAUACGAAGACGAGGGAAAUGAAGAACAGCAGGAUUCGGACGACGAGUUCAACAAACUUUUGGCAGAAGAGGAGCCCGAAGGAAACGACUCGGAAACUAACGAAUCUCUUGAAUUUUCAGAAGACAGCGAUUCUGCCUCGAUGCUGGACAAACUGUCUAGCAUCCAGCUAAACACAAUACCAGAAGUUCGCACCAAAUUCUCAGACGGAACUCCCCGUGUUAUAAAGCCCGAGAUCAAUCCCAUCUACGACAGUGACGAUAGUGACGUGGAAACAAACAACACGAUUGGUAAUAUACCACUCUCAGCAUACGAUGAAAUGCCCCAUAUUGGUUACAGUAUCAACGGUAAAAGAAUUAUGAGGCCGGCCAAAGGCACGGCCCUUGACCAGCUGCUAGAUACAAUUGAACUGCCAGAAGGUUGGACUGGUCUACUAGACAAGAAUACCGGUGCUAGCUUGAACCUGAGCCAGGAGGAACUGGAACUCAUCUCUAAGAUCCAGAAAAACGAAAAAACUGACGACUCAGUGGAUCCUUAUCAGCCUUACGUCGACUGGUUCACUAGACAUACUGAGGAAACCCCUCUUACUGCGGUUCCAGAGCCAAAAAGAAGAUUUGUUCCUUCCAAGAAUGAGGCCAAGAGAAUCAUGAAGAUCGUCAGAGCUAUCAGAGAGGGCCGCAUCAUACCACGUCAUAAAUUGAAGGAGAUGAGAGCGCAAGAAGAACAAGCCGGGUCUUAUGAUCUAUGGGGAACUGAGAGCGUUAAUGAUCAUGUUAUGAAUUUGCGUGCUCCAAAACUGCCUCCUCCAACCAACGACGAAAGUUACAAUCCUCCCGAGGAAUACCUCAUGAACAAGGAGGAGAAAGAGGAAUGGGAAAAGUUGGAGCCUAGCGAAAGAGAGAGAGGUUUCAUUCCUCAAAAAUAUGGUGCUCUCAGAAAGGUACCCGGUUACGGCGAGUCUGUCAGAGAGAGAUUUGAAAGAUCUUUGGAUCUAUAUCUCGCACCAAGAGUGCGUAAAAAUAAGCUGAACAUCGAUCCCGAGUCUUUGAUUCCAGAGUUGCCAUCUCCAAAGGAUUUGAGGCCGUUCCCUAUUCGUUGUUCUACUGUCUACCGGGGUCAUGCAGGUAAAAUUAGAACACUAUCCAUUGAUCCAAGUGGACUAUGGCUUGCUACCGGUUCAGAUGAUGGCUCCGUGAGGAUUUGGGAAAUCCUAACUGGCAGAGAAGUCUACAAAGUCCAGCUUAUUGACACAAAGGAAAACACUGAUGACAACAUUGAUGCCAUCGAAUGGAACCCCGAUCAAUCUACUGGCAUUCUUGCGGCUGCAGCUGGUGAGCAGAUAUAUUUGAUAGUGCCGCCAAUUUUUGGUUUUGAGAUCGAAAAUAAUGGUAGAACUAAGAUUGAGAAUGGGUUCGGUUUCGACACGUUCGGAAACGUCAAAAAAUCGGACUUGAAUGUCAACGGGGAUGACGACAAUGUGGAGUCUGAAGCAACAGCAGCGAAAAGCAAGGUUGCCCAAUGGACGAAGCCCACCGAGAAGCAAGCCGAAAAGGACAUAGCUGUGGUUAUUACAUGCAAACACACGGUCAAGAAACUUUCUUGGCACAGAAAAGGUGACUAUUUUGUCACUGUUCAGCCUAAGUCCGGUCACACCUCGGUUUUAAUUCAUCAACUUUCUAAGCAUCUCUCCCAAUCUCCUUUCAAGAAAUCGAAAGGUAUUGUCAUGCAUGCAGUGUUUCACCCAUUCAAGCCACAACUCUUUGUGUGCUCUCAAAGGUACAUCAGAAUUUACGAUUUGGCGCAACAGGUUCUUUUGAAGAAACUAAUGCCAGGUGCCCGUUGGUUGUCCACCAUCGAUAUUCACCCAAGAGGUGAUAACCUACUUGCGUCGUCCUUCGACAAACGUGUAUUGUGGCACGACUUGGAUUUGGCAAGCACUCCCUAUAAGACUUUAAGAUAUCACGAAAAAGCGGUACGGAGUGUGUCAUUCCAUAAAAAGCUUCCGUUGUUCUGCUCAGCCUCAGACGAUAGUGUUAUUCACAUCUUCCAUGCUACUGUGUACGAUGACAUGAUGAAGAAUCCACUGCUAGUACCAUUGAAGAAACUGGAGGGGCACAAGACAGUAAACAGUCUUGGUGUUCUUGAUUUGAUCUGGCAUCCGAGGGAAGCUUGGUUGUUUUCAGCAGGAGCCGAUGGCACCGCGCGUAUGUGGACUAGUUGA